GGAGAGCUUCAGACGGCGAGCGCGGUGAUGGUGGCCUUCGUGUUCAUGCCCAGGCCCGCCGAGGUGAUGCGCAUCCGGGUCCUGGACGUGGUGCCUCCGCCCCGCGAGGGCGGGGCCGGUCGCAGCCGCUUGUCGCUGGUGCUCCACCCCCUCGAGCAGGGGGUGAGCUCGAAAACGGGAGAGUACGACGAGUGGCUGGUGCUCGACAACCCUGAGUUCGCCUGGCUGGGGAGCGUGCUGGGCCUCCUCAGGCAGGAGGCAAAGGGGGAGUACCUGUUCGGGUUCAGCUACGCCGAUUGGGUCCAGAGCUUCGCCGACGUGGGCCGCCGGCUGCGCCUCGGAAGCCUGGGGUCACCCGUACUGUGCCAACACAGGCACGGGGGAGCGUCCCACGAGGCGCUCACCGGGUUUCGCGACGCGGCGGGGCUGAAGCAGCGGGGGCGCUGGAGCAGCGACGCGUCGGUCCGCAGGUGCGCCAAGGGGGGCCGGGUCAACCAGGCGCUGGCUUCGCUCAGCGCGGCGAUGCGAAGCGGCGUAGCCCUGGAGAUCUUUUCGGGCUCCGGGCGCCUCUCCCACAGCUGGCGGAGGCACCACCGGCUGGCGAGCGUGCCCAUCUACGAGAUCGACAUCCACCGCCACCAGACGCACGACCUCACAGUGCGGAAGAGCCAGCGGAUCAUCAGGGGCCUCAUCCAACACGGCUUGGUGCGGGCGGUCUGGCUGGGCGUGCCGUGCAACACCUUUUCGCGGGCCCGAGAGUCGGGCCCCCCAGGGCCGCCGCCCCUGCGGUCCGCGGAGUUCCCGACCGGACCCCCCAACUUGAAGCCGCACGAUCAGCAGAAGCUGGAGGUGGGCAACGCGCUGGCCGCCUUCGCCGCCCGCGUUAUGAACGAGCGUCGGCGGCGGAACGCGCCAGUGGUGUUCGAGAGCCCCUGGACGAGCCGGCUCUUCCAGCAGCCCUGUUUUCUGAGACUGCCGAAGGGCGUGCUGCGGACGGUGGUCGCCGACUACUGCCAGGUCGGCACGCGCUGGAGGAAGCGGACACAGCUCUGGGGCUACAACAUCGACCUGAGCCGCGUCGGGCGCCUCUGCUCCGGCCGUGGGAUCUGCUCCCGCACAAAGCAGUCGCGCGUGACCUCGCGCGGGAAGCAGGCCGGGACCUUCGUCACAGCGGCGGCUGAGCCUUACCCACGGCCGCUGUGCAAUCGCCUCGCCCAGGCUUUCGCGGACGCUCUUGUGGCUGGCGCCCUCUGCGAGGCUGUGGCACUCCUCGGCCGCGUCGCCGCGGGGGAAAGCGCCGGGGGCGCCUGCCCCCGCCGCAGGGAGCUGCGGCGGCUGCUGGCGCUGACGGAGCAGGCUGGUUCUGCCGGGCCCUGGCUCGCGGUGCUCGGCACGCUCCGGGCCAUGGCUGGGGCGGGCUCUGAGCCGGCGGGGUGCCCGUGGCCGCCGCCCCCGCCGCCGCACGUCUCGCUACCGGCAGGCGGCACCUCCUGGGAGCUGCCGUUUGCGGGCGCGCAGGCCGCGCAGGAAAUCCGGAAGCUCGUCUUCUCCGGGGGCGCCACGCUGGCGGCCUGGAUCCGGCUGCCUGCAGGUGGCCAGCGCGGCGGCAUGGGCCACGGCGGCGUGCUCUGGCGCUGCUGGGAGCCGGCCAUCGGCGGCUGGGAGGUGCGUCUGCGCUGGGACGGCCCUCGCCGCGGCGAUGAUGGCGGCGAGCCCUGCGUCUGGUGCGUCCGGCUGCGCGCAGACGCUGCCCACGGCGAGGAGGAGGAGGAGGAGGAGGCGGGCGGCCUGGCGGCGGAACCCACGGAGGAGGGCGAGCCGGUGUUCCUGGGCCGCGUGGGCGUUGGCAGGUGGUUCGCGCUGACCCUCGAAGUGGCCACCGUGGAGGAGCCCGGCGCCGUGCGCCUCGGGGGCAGCGCUGGGCGCUGGGCCAAGGUGAACCUGGGGCCGGGCCCAGGCCGCUCGCGCUUCCCGCCACCCGCCUCACCCGCGCGGGCGGCGGCCAGGGCGCGCCCCGGCGACAGUGACGCGGCCACCGCUGCGUGCUGCUCCUGGACGGGCUGGAGGUGGACGUGGCGGCCGUUUUCGUAUUCCGGGGCGUGA